AUGGGCAUCCACAGCAUAGCCAACGCCUGCUCCCACCUCCAAAACGCCAGCCGCGCCCGCCUCGGUCUGACCUCCCUCCCAAACAACAAAUACAACCUCCGACUAGCCCUCGCCCUCCACCGCGCAGGCUUCAUCUCCUCCGUAGCCCGCGGGGGCCCGCACCCGCCCACGCCGGGCUCCCCGCUCCUCCUCCCGUCCUCGCCCGCCUCGCCCGACCUCUCCUCCGCCGUCGACGAGGCCGUGGUGACCUCGGCAAACGUGGCGACGCGCCGCCUGUGGCUGGGCCUCAAGUACUGGAACGACGAGCCCGUGCUGCGGCGCCUCGAGGCCGUCAGCCGGCCCAGCCGCCUCGUCACCGCCAGCCUGUCCGACCUCGGCCGCGUCGCCCGCGGCUUCCCCGCCGGCUACGUCAAGGGCCUCAACCUGGGCGAGUGCCUCUUCCUCAGCACCGACCGCGGCGUCCUCGAGGUCAGGGAGGCCCUCGAGAGGAAGGUCGGCGGCCUCGUGCUGUGCAGGGUCUCGUGA